AUGAUCGGUUUAAUCAAUCAAGUUUGGGCAAUUGAAGGGGACGAUGUUGAGCUUCCUUGUGACCUAACACCAAACACCCACAUAAGGGAUACAGUAAGCAUGAUUCUGUGGUUCAAAGAUGACGCUGGCAUACCUUUAUAUAACUUAGAUGCCAGAGGUGGAGAUUUAUACAAAGCCGUUCAUUGGACCAUGAGUGGAAGUCUGGGCAAUCGAACGUAUUUCCAGGUAGACAACGAAAAUGGCUCGGCUCGGUUGAAAAUCAAAGCAGUUACUUACGAAGACCAGGGAAUAUUCCGAUGUCGAGUAGACUUUGCUAACUCCCCAACGCGCAACUUUCGCGUCAACUUAAUACUGAUAGAACCACCGACUAAACCUGUAAUAUAUGAUGCACAAGGCAGAGAAGUGACAGGGGUGGGUGGACCAUUUCUUGAAGGAUAUGAUCUACUCUUAACUUGUCAAGUAUCUGGUGGAAAGCCAAAGCCGAUGGUGACAUGGUGGCAGGGGGGCGAAUUAAUGGACAACAUUAUGGAAACGCCUAUCUUGGUCGGCGCAACCAGUAAAUUCGUGGUAAAUCGUUUAUUCAUCGGCAAAGUUACGAGAGCUUUAUCGGGCACAAAACUUGAGUGUAGAGCCGAAUCACGGAUACAGCAGGCAUUCAAAAUAAUGGUCAGAAAGGUGCUAUUAGACAUUUAUCUAAAACCAGCUGUGGUCAAUGUUAUCUUCCCUGAAGAUCAGAUUUAUGCGGGCCGUCCGAUGACUGUGCGCUGCGAGACUUGGGGAAGUUCGCCGGCGGCACGAAUUGUCUGGCGACUUGGUGGCCUAAUCAUCAGGGAGUCCAGUUUGACGACGACCCAAAGAAGCAACUGUACGGGCAGUAAGGUGGCCCUCGUCCUUGACAAGGACGACGAUGGAAAGGAACUGACUUGUCGAGCAGAAAAUCCGAGAUUCCCUGGAGGAGUUUUGGAAAAGACCAAAAUAUUACGAAUUCUUUAUGCCCCAACCGCUUUUGUAGAACUUGCGACUGGUUUCAAUCUAGAUACAUUGAGGGAAGGAGAUGAUGUCAAGUUCAUCUGUAAUUACCAGAGCAAUCCUGAGCCAACUAGCAUUGAGUGGCUACAUAAUAACAAGCGACUACAUCACAACGUCGAAGCUGGUAUUCUUGUUGCUUCUAGCUCUCUGACACUCAGGAUACUGAUGCUCUCACACAAUGGAACUUAUUCUUGCUUAGUAAGAAAUACAGUAGGCGAAGUUCAAAGUCCGCCGCUUACCAUUCAUAUGAAAUAUGCUCCAAGAUGUAAGCCGGGACAGGAUAAACAAGACGUCAUAACUGGUUUUGGCAAGAGCAUGAUGCUGAAUUGUGAAAUUGAUGCGGAUCCCCUGGAUAAUAUCAGAUUUUCAUGGACACGAAACAGCAGUUUAGGAGACGUCUUUGCCGUAUCCAAUCCACGAUUUUUAGUUAGUUUACUUGAGUACACACCUAAAAGUGAUACAGAUUUUGGAACACUGGCUUGUUGGGCUAGCAAUAGCGUCGGCAGGCAAAAGAGUCCAUGUAUAUUUAAUGUCCUCCCUGCCAAACCACCACAAAAACCAAUCGAUUGCAACCUUCAUAACGAAAGUAAUGCGAUGGAAAUAAAUUGUUUGCCGGGUGCGAGUGGAGGCUUACCUCAGCAUUUCUUGCUCGAAAUUCGUGGUAUCCUCGAAAAUUCAGAUCUUUCACAGCAAAUUCCACAAAGCGAUCAAACUGCCGCCGAUGAUGCAUCCGCCGUUUUCCAGGACUGCAACGAUCAACCAAGUUUUCAAUUGUACGGGCUACUGCCAGGUUAUGAUUAUACCAUCUCCGUGACCGCCGAAAACAGUCAGGGUCGGAGUUUGCCCGUCCUUCUUGAGAAUAUCAGAGUGACCGAGCCUUUGCAUAAAAAAGUUGCGGAGAGUAAAUCCCUUGGUGACAUGUCCGCGGUCAUACCAUACACUAAUGACCUAGAAAAUACAUUUGUCAUUCUUGGACUAAUCUUUACAGUUCUGUUGAUUUUGAUUGGUAUCGGAAUAGCGAUAGGACUCGUAAUUUGUCGAAAGCAAACAAGUCUACCACAAAUCGAAGGCCUGGAUGAUUUCACGACGCCAACAUACGUCUCAGCCCAGAGAAUUGAACCCAGGAUCAGAUACGGCAAUGAUAGGAGACGAUCCCAGCACGCUAGUCUCUAUAUGGAGGAAUAUCGAAAUGAACCUGAUUUAUUGCAACAAGUCGACAUUGAUUUACAUAAUUAAAUAUAAAAUAACAGAUUCUAUUUUUGUACAGAUAAAGGACCUUAUUUGUAUUGCAUUAUAUAUCUAAGAAAAA